CCUGCUCUCACUCGCGGAGAAAUUUUAGGAAGUGGGCGUACCGUGUCCCAGUAACGCCAAAUCUAAUUGGUUACACCCCUCCUCUUUUAUGAUUGGCCGUUGUCUGGAUUUAAACCAGGAAGUACUGUUUGUCCCUCUCCAAACCAUGGAUGUAUAAUAAGAGCUCCAAACCUGCUCCAAACGUGAUGAAAUAUGGCUGUGGAAACGUCUCACCAUAUUCUGAAACGGCAGAUCCUGGAGAGACUCCUGUCGAAGUUUGAGCUUGCACUCAUUCGAGCACCACUUGACCUGGAUUUCCUGGAGUUUGCAUGUCGCCAGGAGCUGUACCUCCUGCAAGCACUUUCGAGACAUGUUGACAUACCGCAAGGAAUAAUCCAAGCUCUUCAAGAGCUGUUUGGACUACUUAGGCAAUAUUUCGAUUCAGAUGCCCCAAAUACAGCAGUGGGAUCAGUUAUUGGUCUAAGAGGACGUCCUAAAUUUGAAAUUGAGAGGCAGCAGUUGGUUGAGAUGUUGGGGACAAACCUAUCGGUGCCUUGCAUUGCAAAACUGCUAGGUGUUUCUUCCAGUACAAUCUUUAGAAGGAUGAGAGAGUUUGGCUUAUCUGUUUCAGAACUUUAUAGCUCCAUCAGCGAUGAGGAGUUGGAUAACGUGGUCAUAUCUAUCAAGAAUGACAUGCCCACUGCUGGAUACCGAAUGGUCAAAGGACGGUUGUUAUCUAUUGGUCUACGUGUACAAUGGACAAGAAUGGCUGCCUCAAUGCAUCGAGUGGAUUCCAUAGGCAUCCUCUCCAGACUGGCUAGUCUGGGCUGUGUUGUGAGGAGAACAUAUUCAGUGCGAGGGCCUCUCUCGCUUGUGCACGUGGAUACCAACCACAAAUUGAUACGUUAAUGUAUAACAUUGUCUUAUUUGGUGGAGUGGACGGGUAUUCGAGAAAGGUAAUGUACUUGGGUGCUUCGACCAACAACCGUGCGUCAACAGCCUAUGGCUUCUUCCUAGAGGCAACACAAAGACAUGGAGUGCCUUUAAGGGUCAGAGGAGACCAAGGAGUAGAAAACGUACAGAUAGCGAGAUUCAUGUUUUCGGUUCGCGGCACCGACCGUGGAAGCUUCAUCUCUGGUAAAAGUGUUCAUAACCAGAGGAUUGAGCGUCUUUGGCGUGAUGUACGAGUCAUUGUCACCAACAAGUACUCUGCGAUACUGCUCUCCCUCGAAGAGGAUGGUCUGCUCGACAUCUCAUCAACAAACGACCUCUUCUGUGUGCACUACAUUAUUCUUCCCCGACUUCAGAUGGACUUGGGGAUUUUUACAGAAGGCUGGAACCAUCAUCCACUCAGCACUGAACGGAACCAAUGUCCAGAGCAGUUAUGGCAACUUGGACUGAUGCAGACAAACAUUGAUCAGCCGGAGAGCCCUGAGGAGCCAGAUGUUGACUGGGAAAUUGCUGCUGACCACGAUGGAGAAGAGGAUGCAGGGAUUGUCGUCCCCGAAUUCGACUGCCCUUUGAGUCCAGAAGACAUAACUGAACUUCAAUCAAUAUUUCAGCAAAUUGACCCAAACACUCCGGUCAAGGAACUGUACUUACUCUGCCGUGAGUAUGUAGCUGAAAGAUGUGGCUCUUAAGAAAUACAGCUCCCUUGAAUGACACAGAUGAGGGUAAACCUAGCCUUAAGCCUCAUAGUAGGAAUAUAAUGGGGAAACAGUUUAAGUUAGUAAGGUGUAUUAUAUGUGUAUUACAGUGACUAUAAGAGGUGGAAGAAGUACUUAACUAAAAGUAGAAAUACCUAAAUGUAACAAUACUCUGUUCCAAGUAAAAGUCCUGUGUUCAAAGUGUUACUUAAGUAAAAGUACCAAGAGUAAAGUUACUUGGCACAACUGGUGACAAUUGAAACAACAAUCGACACAAAAUACAGCUCAAAAGUAUAAUGGUUCCCCAACUUCACCAUUUGUUUCAAAAACAUUUUGACUGGAACAGUAUGUGAUGUCACUUGAAAGUUUGACUGUAUAGUAACAUUCUCAUCUUGAACAAAUGAAAACCUUGUCAAAUAAAGUGCAAUAAAGACUGUUUUAACAGAAAACAUCGAUUCUAUGAAUCUUAUGAACGACUAAACUCCCUGCUACUUAUAACAGCCUGUGUUAUAAUGCUCAGGAACUCCGGAUAUGAGCCGAGGUGCCUUGUCGGAAAGGUAAUAGAGUUGGAGCAUGCAUUAACUACUGGAAAGCAUACAGUGUGUGUACCAUAGUGCACGCUGCAAUCGUGGUCGAAUUCAAUUAGGAUUUUAAAUCUCUCUCUCUCUGUUGAGGUGAUGGGGACAUGUGCCUGCCCCGUAAGCCAUUGAAGGAAGCAGCCAACAGUGAUCUUGUGUUUUUCCUUCA